AUCAAUGAACAUGGAGAGAAAUACUCUGAUAAUGUGACUUUAAAUGUCAUGUAUCCUCCCAGGAACGUCUCAGUGUUGAUAAAUGGAUCUGGUGAAAUAGUGUCAGGAGAUUCAGUGACUCUGAUCUGCAGCAGUGAUUCAAACCCUCCUGCAGAAAUCAGCUGGUUUAAAGAAGAAAUGUUUGUAGGAUCUGGAAGAAUCUACAACAUCUCAAAGAUCAGCUCUAAUGACAGUAAAAAAUACAAAUGCAAAUCCAUCAAUGAACAUGGAGAGAAAUACUCUGAUGCUGUGACUUUAAACAUCAUGUACCCACCCAGGAAUGUCUCAGUCUCCAUCAUUCAGUCUGGUCAGAUUUGGGCAGGAGAUUCAGUGACUCUGAACUGCAGCAGUGAUUCAAACCCUCCUGCUCUGAACUUCAGCUGGUUUAAGGAGAAUGAAAGCUCAGCUGUUGGAUCUGGACAGAGUUUCAGUGCACUACAGAGUGGACGCUUCUACUGUCAGGCUCACAAUCAACAUGGAUCUCAGAGAUCAGACGCUGUAACUGUCACAGUUCAUCAUGGUGCUGGUAGGAAUGUGAUUGUGAUCGCAGUGACAUCUGGAGGAUUAUUCUUCAUCAUCAUCAUCAUCAUCAUCAUCUUGUUUAUAAUAAAGAAACGAAGGAGAGAUAAAACUGAAGAUCUCACAGUGAAACAGAAUGAUCUCUAUUCUGACGCGUCACAGAGAGUUUCGGUCCAUGAUGAGCCUCUUUCUGAACCGGAUUCAGCCAAUGACGCUCCGUAUGCCAGUGUGAAACCAAAGAGAUUCAGAGGAAAAACUCCUGAAUCCAGAGAUACUGAGGAGAUCCAGUACGCAACUGUCCAACAUCCCAGAAAGAAAGAGACGAAGAGUGAAGAGGAGAAUGAAAAACAGUACGACAAUAUAAGAGUUCAUCAGCCUGAUGCUGCUGUGAGCCAAUCAGCUGUUCAAACUGUGGAAGAGCCUUCAAUGAUUUACAGCAGUGUCAAAUGAGUGUCAGAGUGUAUAUGUUAUAUUAUGUAUUAAAGGUGCCCUAGAAUUAAAUAUUGAAUUUAUAUUGGCAUAGUUGAAUAACGAGAGUUCAGUACAUGGAAAAGACAUACACUGAGUUUCAAACUCCAUUGUUUCCUCCUUCUUA